AUGCCUGACUACGCUUCUAUCGAAACAACUUUGGCUUCUAUAGCUGCCAGCUCUCAAACUAUCGAGCUUCUUCGGGACCUUCACAAGCAAGCUCUCGACGAACCGCCCUACGUUAGCACAGAUGGGCCUGCCUCUACCGCACUUGACAAGUUUGUCGCAUUGGACCCUGAUAAGUGUGCCUACGUGUAUCUCCUUCUGCGAUCUAUGAAGGCACGUUUCGUUGUCGAAGCAGGGACAUCAUUCGGUGUCAGCACUAUCUACCUGGCUUUGGCAGUUUCUCAGAAUGCUGGAUCACAGCCAGGAAAAGUCAUUGCAACUGAGAACGAACCUACCAAGGCUGUUAAGGCUCGCAAGUACUGGAGCCAAGCUGGUGAUGAUAUUGAGAAAUUUAUUGAAUUACGAGAGGGCGAUUUGCGGGAGACGCUCAAGACCGAUCUGCCAGAACAAGUGGAUUUCCUACUCCUAGACAUUUGGACCCCUCUGGCUCUGCCUACACUCAAGCUUGUCAAGCCGCGCAUGAAGCCAGGUGCUACAGUAGUUGCUGAUAACACUGAGGCAGCCAAGGCAGGUUAUAAGGAUCUGAUGGCUUAUCUAGAGGACGCUACCAAUGGCUUCAAGCUCACUACGCUUCCAUAUUCCGGAGGUCUUUUAGUUGCCGUAUACCUUGGAAACUAG